AUAUUUAAACCACUAUGAAUGUUGAAAUGUACAAAACAAAAUAAAAUGCUUAACUUUCUAAGAAGCAGUAAGUAGCGUCAUCUGAAAUUUCCGACCAAACUGUCUGAGAUGUCCAAAUUUGUCUUUUAAGAACUACUACUACUUAACAUAAUGCAUGUUGUUGGCUGAAAUUAGAACCGGUUUAAUUCUGAUCCGGUUUGGUUUAUAACCCUUAAAUAACCGAAAACCCCAACAAAAAUUCAGAUGACUUCUAAACCGGUUGAGAAUUGGGGAGGUUUUACCACUUCGCUCCUCCUCUGAAACAAUCCUGAGAUUGAGAGCGAAAACUCAAGCUUCGAAGCAUGAGGAGAUCAAUUUCUUCAAAAGCGAAGUCGUUUCUUCAUCGGAAUCUUCUGGAGAAAGGUAAUUCCGGAACUUCUCCGUCGUCGUCGUUUAGCAUUUGCGGUUUGUGUUUCUCGAGACGAGCUUAUUCCGGUGGCAGUGAUUAUCGAGAAAUGUUGAGAAAUGGGAUUCGAUAUAUGAAACUAGACGAUUCGCUUGAUCUCUUCUUUCACAUGGUUCAGUGUCGUCCUCUUCCGUCAAUUGCUGAUUUUAGUAGAUUAUUAAGUGCUAUUUCCAAGAUGAAGAAGUAUGAUGUUGUGAUCUAUCUCUGGGAACAAAUGCAAAUGUUGGGGAUUCCACAUAAUCUCUGUACUUGCAAUAUCUUGUUGAAUUGUUUCUGUCGAUGUUCUCAGCUUUCUCUUGCGUUGUCGUUUCUUGGGAAGAUGAUGAAACUUGGUCAUGAGCCUGACAUUGUCACGUUUGGCUCUCUGCUUAACGGUUUCUGUCGCGGUGAUAGGAUUUACGAUGCUUUGUAUAUGUUUGAUCGAAUGGUAGAAAUGGGAUAUGAACCUAAUGUUGUGAUCUACAAUACAAUCAUUGAUGGUCUUUGCAAAAGCAAACAGGUGGAUAACGCGUUGGAUCUUUUGAACCGGAUGGAGGUAGAUGGGAUUAGACCGGACGCUGUUACCUACAACUCUCUUAUUUCUGGACUUUGUAAUUCGGGUAGAUGGGAUGAUGCUACUCGAAUGGUCAGCUGUAUGACCAAGAGGGAAAUCUACCCUGAUGUAUUUACUUUCAAUGCGUUGAUUGAUGCUUGUGUGAAAGAAGGAAGGAUUUCUGAGGCUGAAGAAUUGUACGAGGAGAUGAUCCGAAGAUCUCUGGAUCCUGAUAUUGUUACUUAUAGUUUACUGAUUUACGGGCUUUGCAUGUACAGUCGCCUAGAUGAAGCAGAGCAAAUGUUUGGUUUCAUGGUUAGCAAGGGUUGCUUUCCAGAUGUUGUAACUUAUAGUAUUCUCAUUAAUGGAUAUUGCAAGUCUAAAAAGGUAGAGCAUGGGAUGAAACUCUUCUGCGAGAUGUCUCAGAGAGGAGUGGUUAGAAAUACAGUCACUUAUACAGUUCUUAUCCAGGGUUAUUGUCGAGCGGGUAAACUUAAUGUUGCCGAAGAAAUUUUCAAAUGGAUGGUUUUUUGUGGUGUGCCUCCUAAUAUUAUCACUUACAACGUUUUGUUACAUGGUCUAUGCGAUAAUGGGAAGAUAGAGAAAGCAUUGGUGAUAUUGGCAGAUAUGCAGAAGAGUGGGAUGGAUGCUGAUAUCGUUACAUAUAAUAUCAUCAUUCGCGGGAUGUGCAAGGCUGGUGAGGUGGCAGAUGCUUGGGAUUUAUAUUGUAGCCUCAAUCUCAAAGGACUAACGCCUGAUAUUUGGACAUACACUGCAAUGAUGUUAGGAUUGUACAAGAAAGGGCUACGGGGUGAAGCAGAUGCGCUGUUUAGAAAAAUGAAAGAAGAUGGAAUUUUGCCAAAUGAAUGUUACGUAUAGUGAAGCUAAUUAGGACUAAGAGCAUCAUCUUAAGUAUCUCAGGGAAGCUUGCAAGAUAUUUUUAUCCUGGUCAGGCUCCUUCCUAUGAGAUGUUUGCCCCUGGAAAGAUCAACUCAGAUCUUUCGAAGCCAAUUUUGAGAUACUCUGGAAUGAGCUAAUUUUCACAUGUUCAUAUGUAUUAGGAGAAACCAUAGAGAUUGUGAAUAUUAGCGCAUAAGCUGCAUAGUAUCAUAGUCGAUUUAUUGACAGACAUUACAGUAUCGAAGCUUGCAUUGUAUGUAUAACCGGCUCUCCGAGAGGAUGUUUGCCCUUGAAAUGAUAAACGCAGGUCCUUCGAAACCAAGUUGGGAUUCUUUCAUAUUAAGCCAUCUCUUCUCAGGUUACUGACUUAUUUUAGUUUUCAGUUGGGAAUUGUACAUUCUUUCAUAUACUGUAUACUAAUGUUUGUUUAUGUAUUCUUUAACAAAGUUUCUGUAUAA